AUGCCAGCACCCGCGAUCUUCUCCUUGACCGAUACUGCCCCGAUUUCCAAUCCUUACACCGAGCAGAGUGCGUCGCGACAAAUAAAUCACGAUCGUGCAGACUCCGGCAUAACAUCGAUGCGGACCGAGGCGCUAGAUCGGCAGUCUCUUAUGCCUGCGUCGACACAGCGUGUCUCCCUAUCCGACCAGGUCUCGCACCCUGGUCUCUCGUUGGCCGUUCCUACGCAGAAUCUUGCAUCGCAGCGUCUGGCUACCUCAUAUGAUGAUUUUCUAGACGUGUUGGGAAACCUCAUCGAUGUUCACAAGCCGACACACUCAGCGAUUGAGCUAAUAGGAACCAACAACCGAGCCGUGCAGUAUGGCAGGAAAUUCCUGUACGUGAUUGAGGAAAUCUGUCAGCAUGAUGUCCAGCGAAGUGCCCCUCUGGCUGAGGCACGCGAGUCGGUGAUUGAAGAGCUGUACGAGGUGGUCCACGCUGCGCGCGAUGUGUUCUCAACACCAGACUCUCCCGACAAGGACCUGGUUUUCAUGCCAGAUGAGGCGACGCGACUUGUCAACGUUGCAACGGAUUGCGUACACGCCGCUGGUAAGUGCCUGGCCAAGGCGCGCCUGGUGCUGGAGCAAAUUGGCGACCUCGAACUACAUCCCAUCCAGGAUGAUCCAGGCAUUGUCACCUCGCAAGCGUCCUGUGAGAUACCGGCAGGCCAGGCAAAACAGCAAGAACUCUCAACUAGUCUUCCUCCAUCGCCCCUCACGAUUCCAAGCUCGACGAACUCGCCGCCUACGCGUGGUCUCGCCGAACGAAUUGGCGACGUCGAAUUGAACCCGCAAAGCCUGGCAAGUGCCAUGUCACUGGACCAAUCAGAUGCCACGGACCUUGUUUUGGCUAAAAAAUUCGUUGUGGAUCAAGAUUUUUCUACCACAAUAGGGUCAGUGUCUCAAUAUGCAUCUGAUCGAAUAUUUUCUGCAGGUCAGCCUUCUACUCUGGACAGACAAACAGCCUUAACAGCCAUAACGGAUCACACGGCUCCAAUAUGUUCAGAGUUUGAAUUGGAAACGGAGGAUCUACGAACAAUAUAUUCCGAUACCUUAACCAUGGUUGCCUCGAUCAAAGAAUCUUAUAUUAAUGAGCUCGCGAUUGAGCUUUCCAAAGCCGUUUCCACUUUUCGAUUGGACUCUACAUCCAUGAAGCGUGUCGCCGAUGCCCUGCCUGGCUGUCUGAAAGCCUUUUCAUCGAGACUUGGCUGCAUUAGCUCAUCCCAACAGGCCCAGCGAGACGUGACUGUCUUCAUCCACAAAUACAGACAUGCAAUAGCCAAUGCAUUCAUCAAUUCACUGGAAACUCCAUCCUCAGAUUCAGAGUCCAUUGUGGAUGACAACAUGCCACUGGAUGAGAAGUUGCAACUCUGGAUGAGACAUGACGCGGACUCCGCGAGUGAUGAUGAGGCUGAUCCAUUCGAUUCCCUUACUUCUCUUCUUCCAAUGAUCGAAAUAGGCGAGGAAUCCAAUCCUGAUGCUCACCCUGACAUGCCAGAGCUACAGAGAUAUCGCGAGUGUUUUCUUGAGACACCAGCGUAUGACUGGCUCCUUGGCCAUGUUCAGAGAAAUUUUCUCCUCGAACCGUCAGAUCCAGACGUAAUGGCAGACAUUUCCAGUGCAAUUUUGCGAGAUCUACCUCCCCAUCUCUGCUUUAGCAGACGAGAAUCUGUGCCAUCAUAUACGUUGGAAUAUACUGUGGACUGGGACUUGGUUUCCUUCCUGGAAGAUCAGGAAUACAGCGAGGACAAUGCUGAAGCGCUCCCUCUAGUCAUAACACUCACUGGAUCGCGCAAAGCAGUCCAGGCGCUAACUUGCUCACAAUAUCUUCAUCAGACAUGGCCAUCUUCUGCGGGAAAAAUGCUUCAGUUACUGCAGGAUUUGUUGAGAAUCCCACCCGGGGAAAAGGCCACGGGCACUCUGUCUGAUGGCACAUAUCUUGUCGCUUGGUUUCGAUCUCCCGGGGCGUCAAGUAGCCCCAAGCUCGUGUUUCAAGUCAAGGGCUCCACCUAUUCAAUCGCCGAGGUAGGAGAGCAGCUCUGCUGGCUAGGAUCAGCUCUUCGGUGUUCUUGCCAGCCUGAUCAAAUCGUAUAUUGUCAACCUCAGGUUGGUAGUCUGACAACAAUUCCUGGCGAAAGCCAAGGUAGCGGGAAGCAGAAGGCUACCGAAUUCAGCACUAAUAUCUCAUUUGCAAUGAUACACACAGGAACCUUCUCCAAAAUCAACGGAGAAUGCUGGCAUGAUCUUUUUCGAAGCGGUGUGGUCGUUCAAGGCUUCCCAAUAUCCCGACGACCUGGAGUAGGUACGGUGAAAGGUCUUGAUAUCCCACUUCCUAUGAUGGCUCGCCUUGCAGAAGCAAAUUAUGUGAACACCUUCUUGGGCAGUGUGAUAAUUAAAGGAUUCUCUUCUAUGCUUAUCCCAACUCAGAGUUUGGAAGGGAUCAUUGUUUGGCACUUGGUUUACAACAGAAACGGGGAUCGAAUAUCAUACCUCGACAACACAGUGUCUCCUGUCCAAGAAGUUUCCACCACUCUGCUCUCACAGGCACGCCACAUUCUAGGGUGGUGUGUAAAUGCAAAACAUCUUGCAGGCACACAGCAUGCAACGUAUGGUGUAUCAGCCUCACAUCUUCCAAGGCUCCGUGAUGAUGGACUUCUCAGCCACGCGUGCAUCUAUAAUGGGCAGAUAAUAAAAGGCGGCGCACCCUUCCUGGUGGGGUAUAAAGAUGUUCCACUUCAUGUUUCUAGAGGUGGAUAUCUUCGGAAACUCAAAUGGAUCGUUCAGAAAUCCGUGGUCCUCUGGGAUGAAGAAGCAAAGCGAGGAUGGUUGCUGAAUGGAGCGAGCGCCCUCUUGCAUCUCGUCCGUGCCUCGAUCCUUCAGGAUAUUGAGGGUCCCUUCAAUUCAGAAUGUCACUUCAAAUGGGAAGAUUUUGAAGAGGAGGCAGUUAAUUCAAAGACCCCAUCUGCAUUUGCCAUUGCGGUUCUUUUGAACCACAAAAAUCGAGGUCUCACGAUCUAUGAAGCCGAAGACGACCACGUCAAGUUCGAAGAUCGAGUGAAACACUUUUUGAAUAUCCUUGAGCAGAUGUUCGAUUACCAAAUUCAUGCUUCUGGGCCGGACGGUAGUACAUACAGUUCCAAGGCUAUUCCCAGGGCUCAUUUCGAAGGCUGGGACUUUCAUGAUCUCGCUACGGAACUAGACCCGCUUCACCCGCGAAGAGCGAUCUUUGCAUCUAAGGGAAAGGCAUGGGUUGAUUUCACGCGGUCAAUUCAUACCAUCAACCUUCUGGGUCGGAAUUUUGGUGAGAUUCUGGCGCCGUCGGACAUUUCUUGUUUGCACUGGGCGUCACUUCCCAAAGAUCAAUACUAUCUCGCCGUUGGGACCUCAGAUCUAAGGAUGAUUCUUGGACGUACGGGCGACCUCACGACAAACCCCAUACGUCUCAGCGAGAAUCUUGUUUGGCAAAACUCAGAUAAGAUCUUUGAUCCAUGUUGCUGCGCUGGUGCCACCGCAGAUCACGCUGAUAUAGUACAAGUGAUAUUUCCGAACACACUAUCAGCUAAUUUGGAGACCUGCCGUCAUACCACCGACUUGUCAGAUCAUGGGGCGGUUGUCUUUGGAUAUAAUCGCAACUUCCAGUGGGGAUGGGAUGAUACUGGGGAACCUGAAAGGAACGAAAUCAAAACCUUUGAAGGAAACCCGCUCUCCACAACGCUUUCGAUGGGCUCUGACAGUGAUGUCCUUGACAUAUCGAGCUCCCGGAAUGAUUCAACUUCCACAGAAAUCACCAUCGACAGCACGGCGGUGGAGAAUGAGCUAGCGCACCCAAAGCCCCUCGCCCGAUCAUAUACCCGGUCGCGAUUGGAGUCAUUCAAACCGGAGGACUAUGCUGUUGGUAUUGUGUGCGCGCUGCCGUUAGAGUUCUUGGCAGUUCGCGCCCUAUUCGAUCAAACCCAUCCCGAUCUUCCUUUGUCCACUGCGGAUACAAAUCAUUACGCUCUGGGCAGCAUGGGACAGCAUAGGGUCGUUGCUGCCUGUCUUCCAGAAGGAGAAUAUGGCACGAAUUCUGCGGCCGAUGUUGCAGCCAAUCUGAGAAGAAGCUUUUGCUCCGUAAAGUUCUGUCUGUUGGUAGGCAUUGGUGGUGGUGUUCCAUCGUCAAGGAAUGACAUUCGCCUCGGCGAUAUCGUCGUUAGCAAGCCGAAUAUUAUGGGUCCCGGUGUAAUUCAGUAUGACAUGGGAAAGGCCCUCGAGAAUGGCGAGUUUCAGCAAAGUGGAACUCUCCAGCCGCCUCCUCGAAUUCUAAUGACUGCACUCAGCAAUAUGAAAUCUGAUCCCGCGAUAUCGCAAGCUCCUCUGCAGGACUACAUUCAAGAAAUCGCGGCUCGCAGAAAACAGUACCGCUACCCAGGCCCAGAACACGAUCGCUUAUUCCUCAGCCAUUACGUGCACAAUCACAAGCACACCACUUGCGAUUUUUGCGAUGCAACAUACGUGACUAAACGUCCCAGUCGAUCAAACCAUCACCCGCAAAUUCAUUAUGGUCUCAUUGCAUCAGGCAAUCGAGUCAUGAAAGACGCUCAACUACGUGACAUGUGGGGUGUGGAGAGAGACGUUCUUUGUUUCGAGAUGGAAGCAGCGGGCAUCAUGAAUACUUUACCUUGUCUUGUCAUCAGGGGCAUAUGCGAUUACUCGGAUAGUCACAAGAACAAGCACUUUCAGGAAUAUGCGGCGGCCACGGCUGCCUCGUAUGCCAAACUCUUGUUGUUUUACACGAAAGAUAGCAGUGGCUUAGACGAGGCUGUGCUCCGUUUAAACGGGGUUGCAGAGGCUGCAAACUUUCUCGACAUGUUGCGUCACGUCAAAUCAUUGAAGGGUGAUGAUUACCGAAAUUUUUGGGUUCGACAUAGUUGA